CUCUAGGACACCACCACCAGCAGGCAGCAGCUUCCCAGCCUAUUUAUUUUCCUCUAUCUAGCUACUAAUCCCGUCUAUAUAUUAGCUCUCUGCUAGCUAGCUUCUCUCUUCUCCUUACCUUGGUGUUAGCUUCAAUGGCGGAUAGUGGUUUGGCCUGCUGGGCUAAGAGAAUGUUUUCAGUGCCUGAGAGGGCCAAACUGCACAUGGCCAUGUUGGCCUUGCAGUUUGGCUAUGCUGGGUUUCACGUUGUAUCACGAGCGGCCCUCAAUAUGGGCAUAAGCAAGAUUGUGUUCCCUGUCUAUAGGAACAUCAUCGCUUUGCUUCUGCUCCUUCCCUUUGCUUAUUUCCUAGAGAAGAAAGAGAGGCCUGCAAUAACUACUAAUUUUCUGGUUCAGUUCUUCCUCCUUGCACUCAUCGGAAUUACUGCAAACCAAGGAUUCUACUUGUUGGGUUUGGACAACACAUCACCCACCUUCGCCUCUGCUAUUCAGAACUCGGUCCCAGCCAUAACCUUUCUCAUGGCUGCCAUACUCAGGAUAGAACAAGUACGUUUACAUAGAAAAGACGGCAUCGCGAAGGUGGUCGGAACUCUCUCCUGUGUUGCCGGAGCUUCGGUCAUCACUCUCUACAAAGGCCCAACCAUAUUUAGGCCCUCUCCCCAUCUGCACCAAACACCUCUCUUUCUCUCUCUUGGAGGCGCCAGCGGGAAGAAUUGGACGUUGGGGUGCAUUUAUCUCAUCGGGCACUGCCUCUCUUGGUCAGGCUGGCUGGUCUUACAAGCCCCGGUUCUAAAGAAAUACCCAGCUCGUCUAUCCGUCACCUCGUAUACAUGCUUCUUCGGUCUUUUACAGUUCUUAGUUAUUGCCGCCUUCAUGGAGAGAAACUCUCAGGCUUGGCUAGUUCACUCUGGAGCCGAGCUCUUCAGUGUUUUCUAUGCGGGAGUGGUGGCUUCGGGGAUCGCCUUCGCUGUUCAGAUCUGGUGCAUUGACAGGGGUGGCCCUGUGUUUGUUGCUGUGUAUCAACCUGUACAGACCUUGGUUGUCGCUAUUAUGGCCUCCAUUUCUUUAGGCGAAGAGUUUUAUUUGGGAGGGAUCAUCGGUGCUGUGCUGAUCAUUGUGGGUUUGUACCUGGUGCUAUGGGGGAAGAGCGAAGAGAGAAAGUUUACAAAGGAAACAGCUGCGAUCGCCCCGGCGUCGGAGCAAGGAAACAACCGGCCGGUGUCUAGCCAUUCCAAACCAUCCUCCCUCGUUCAGCCUUUACUGCCUCCAUCUACCGAAAGUGUUUGAUGGGGGAGGCGCCGUGAUAACUUUUUUAACUAUAGUCUUGCUCUCUACAACUAUAAGCUUAUCGUGUGUAUGAUCUAUGAAGAUCUACUACUUUUUUUUUUUUUGUUUCUGUUUUUAUUUUAAGAGAGAGAGAGAACAAAAGAGAUGGUGAUGAUGAUGGUCAAUAUCUUCAUACGUAGACGUGGGGCCUCAAUUCAAACAAUGAAUUCUCAUCUGCUUUUACGUGGGGCCUUGCCGCCUUGAAAGCGAAAAGAAGAUAUGUUUUGGUAGACCAGUUGUCUAGGAUUAAUAUUGAUGGGUGGAUCACGUCGAGGUAAUACUGAAGAUUAUGAUGAGAUGGAAUUAUGGAAAUGAAAUUAAAGGUGUUGAUUGUUGAAUACCUAUACCUGAGAAUGAAUGAAUGAAUGAAAUGAGCAUUGAGCGAGUGGACCCCGCUCUAAGGUGUUUUUCCCCCGUGACCACUAUUUUAUUCCCCAGAAUGAGACGCAUGUCAUCUUUUCAGUAA